CGUUAGUUGUAUCUUUAAUUGUCUCUAAUCAAUCAAUCAAUCAGUUAACUUCUUAGAUCAUCAAUAGUCUUUAGAUUUUAACUCAUACCAACCCACUUAAUCAUUCAAUCUUUAUACUUCAUUUCCUAUCAAGUAUAAUCAUUCUCCCCCUUUGCAUAUUACAUAUAAAGUUUUUCUUAUUAGAUUCAUUCAUUUAAUAACUUAAAUUUUUGUACAUUUAUCAUCCAAUCACAUAUAUAUAUACAUAUAAAAAACAUACAACUUAAUCAUUCAUCAUGGGUUUAUCAUUUUCAAAAUUAUUCACUUCUCUCUUUGGUAACAAAGAAAUGAGAAUUUUAAUGGUUGGUUUAGAUGCCGCUGGUAAAACCACUAUUUUAUAUAAAUUAAAAUUAGGUGAAAUAGUUACAACUAUUCCAACCAUUGGUUUUAAUGUUGAAACUGUAGAAUAUAAAAAUAUUAGUUUCACAGUAUGGGAUGUUGGUGGUCAAGAUAAAAUUAGACCUUUAUGGAGAUAUUAUUUCCAAAAUACUCAAGGAAUUAUUUUUGUAGUUGAUUCUAAUGAUAGAGAUCGUAUUGCUGAAGCAAGAGAAGAAUUACAACAAAUGUUAAAUGAAGAUGAAUUAAGAGAUGCUUUAUUAUUAGUAUUUGCUAAUAAACAAGAUUUACCAAAUGCUAUGAAUGCUGCUGAAAUAACUGAAAAAUUAGGAUUACAUUCUAUUAGACAAAGACCUUGGUAUAUUCAAGCUACUUGUGCUACAACUGGUGAUGGUUUAUAUGAAGGUUUAGAAUGGUUAUCAACCAACUUAAAGAAUUCUACUUAAGUUUAAGUUAACUCGUUUAUCGUUUAUAUCGUAAUUGAUUCUAAAAAAAAAAACCUCCUAAUCAAUCAACUUACGGUAUAAAAGAUCAUAUAUAAUCUAUUAUCUCUAUAAAUCUAUAUCUUUAUCCUUUUUUUUUUAUAUAUAUAUUGUUAUUGUUCUAGUAUAGUUUUACUUCUAGUUUUAUUAUUAUUUUGUCUCUUACAACUGCUCCUCUUAUUAUUAUUAUUAUUAUUUAGUAUAAUUAUUACACCUCUUUUUUAUUAUUACUUUUUAUUAAAUACAUGAUAAAUCCAUUAUUGAUUAUUUA